CGAAUAGUGUUCGCGCAAGCCUUUCGACCUUGGAAGUACUAGAGAAAGACGACCCAAGCGAGUUAGAGAUAGGAAAAAACUCGUGCAGUAGUGGGGGCCAUUAAGAGAAAAGAGGGGAAAGUAAAGGGAGAAAUUAAGAACUCGUGUUAUUAUGUGCGAUCUUGCAACUCCGGCCGAUGUUAAUAUUUGCACCAAAUUAUACAGGUGGCCUUUUCAACCUGGAAUUAUUUCAAUAGUGAGAUUUCGUACCUAUUCCCAGCGUGCAGUCGUCUGACGAACACGAGCCCGCACACGAGAAUCGGAAGAGUUGCUGUUGAGCAUUCACUUUUACUUUCAUUUGUGGCGCAACUGAUGUUGAGAGCCGUGGCCCAAAAAUAUAAUUCACUCAAUGCGAAGUCAGGCCAGUGAAGAGAGCGACUAAUGUGAGUGCUAAAAUAGUGCAGUGCAGUGUAGUUAUGGCCCGAUCAUCCGGUUCUGUUUUUGGUGCUCGCGACAAUUUGGAUACCGAAGUCGCGGGUACCCUCUAGGACUCCUGUUUUUUCCGGACGUUAACACGAGGAACAUGGCAAAAUCCCGAUUGAAUUGGUCUAACAAAAAAGUCUAACUAUUUUACGGUCAUAAUGCAGAAAUUUAUCUCGACGUUUUUGGAGAAAUUGGUCAUUUUGAGAAUUUCACGACCAAUUUUCACGUUUCUACGUUGAUCGAUUUCUGAGACAAAUGGCUAUGGUAGAAAGAGGCACAUGGACCAAUACUCUGACAAACGGACCGACUAACGGACUACCCUCUGUUCACCCAUCACCAAAUCCGCCAUGUACUCUGAAGAACAAGACUCGCAAGGCCUACUAACCCUGCAUUAUGGAAAGCAUCACGCAACCAUAGUGGACGAAGUGAAAACCUGCUUCACAUCGGAAAUUUUCACCGACAUGACCUUCGUAUGCGAUGACAAGACAACCCUCAGCGCUCACAAGCUGGUGAUGGCGUCCGCUAGCCCUUUAGUCCGAAAAAUUCUCGGAGAAAGUGUUCACUCUAAUGGACCGAGUGUUGUUCUCAUCCCCGGCAUCAAGAGCUGUCACAUGCGUCACCUUCUGGACUUCCUCUACCAUGGUCAAGCUUGCAUCAAGUCGAACGAAUUGGACAGCAUCCAGGAACUCUUCGAACUGCUCCAGAUCAAGCCGGACGUAUGGCAAUCGUCGACAUCGGAAGACAAAAUUUCGACGGACGACUGUGGGAAUUGGUCGCGAGACACCGACAUUCCGGAUCCGAUAAACGUCAAGAAGGAGAACGACAUCGAGGAGAAGGAAGAGGGUGAAAUCAAGGAUGACGACGACGAUAAUACGAACGAGGGAAACAUUCAAUCAGACGCCAGCCAAAACUCACCGAACCCCGUUAAUCUUACUGUAAAUACUAAGUCGAAUGACGAGGAUAAGGCUUCUCAGGAUGGGAGUGAUACAGAGAAACCAAAAGAAAAAAAUUCGGAACAUUUGAAGAUUGGCCAGAGCACAGUCAAGAUAUCCCCAAAGGUGCAUGAUAUGUCACAGUUUCAUCAUCAUCGAAUGAAAAGAAAAGGAAUGUACAUCGAACAAAUCGACUUCAGGCAUCAUGAGGAGCUGGCGCUGAAACCACCGUUCGUGGAUCAUCAUCUUCUCGUUCAAAACCCUGAGAACUACGUGGUCACCCCCCAUAGGAAAAGGAAACCAGGGUUCCACAACUCCCCUUCUCAAAAUCCCCCCUUCAUCCCUUUCUCACCUUCUUAUAUAGAAGAAGCUGCAGCACAUCACCAUCGGUACAAGAAUAUCCCGAUACCGCUUAUGGCAGCUCAUCAUCCGUUGUCCUUGAGUGCUCCUCCAUUUCUUACUGACAGGACUCAUACUCCAACGCCUGGACAACAUCCAGACACCGCUGCUGGUGAUGUGAAGCAUCGACCACCUUCAGCUGACCAAGGACUGAUGUCAGAUUCGUACCAGACUUUCGAACAUACUUGGGGUGCUUGGUCAUUGUGCCAAACUCAAGUGAAUCCACCACCAGAGGACACUAAGGAAGUUCCAGCGAAUUACGUGGCAGCUUGUGGUGGUGGUGGUGGUAGUACUAGUACUGAAGAAACUGCCGAGAGUUCACACUCAACCUCUAGUAAACAGAUUGGUGGACAAGUUCGUGAAUAUCGUUGUGAAUAUUGUGGAAAACAGUUCGGUAUGUCAUGGAAUCUCAAGACUCAUUUGAGGGUACACACAGGAGAGAAACCUUUCGCUUGUAGGUUGUGUGUGGCUAUGUUCAAACAAAAGGCACACUUGUUGAAGCAUCUCUGUUCUGUACAUAGAAAUGUUAUUACUACCAAUGAAGGUAACAAUGGACGUUUCAAUUGUUGUUUCUGUACUUUAUCAUUCGAAUCGCUACCGGAGUUGAUAAGGCAUUUGUCCGGGCCACACAAUAACCUUUUGCUGAGUAAAAAUAUGCAAGAGUUGAAAUAGUACAUUCCUGGUUGGUGGAGAUCGUAGAGUUUAUGUGGUACGAUCUCAGAUUCGUAGUUUGUGAUAACACCAUUUUCCUUAUCAUCGGAAUUCUCAUCUCAGUUUCGUUCGAAUGAAUGAGGAGUUAUAUGAGAAAUGUCUGCGCUAAUUGUCAGUAUUCAGUCGAGAACAUUGAUACAUCAACAAUCUGUUAAAAUAACCCGUACACGUUCAAUAUACCACUUAAUCAAAUUCUCUGUGAUAACUUGUCUUAAUUCUAGUAUUAAUACAGGCUAGUUAACGAUCAAACUUAUUGCAAAAUUAUCCGAUCUUAAGUUUGCUAUGCACUAAUCCACGGGAGAACAUUUGCAACGAUUCCAUUUCCAAAAAACCACGAUGGCCAGUCACAAUAAAUUCCCAUGAAAAUUGAGCUCUUUACGAAAUCGAAUCAAAAUGCGUACAACGAAAAACCUCUGUUUCCAGUGAAAAAAGCUUUAAGUUCUCGCCUUUAGGGAGAUGAAAGAGUGGUGUUUAAUUAUCAUCAAUUUGGGUGGAUUCAUAUUCUCAGCAACAUGUAGGAAAGGUGGACAAUAUCAGGAUGAAAAUGUGUUGUUCAAAAUGUGAAAACAGAAUGUUGCCUUCCUGUCAGAAAACUGUGCAAAUUUGUUUUUCAUCUGGUGUGACUGUUGGAUAUCGAUCUCACAAUGCCUUAUUAAUGUUUGCAUUAUUUCUAUGAAAUAUUUAUAUCAUUGUUAUUGGUAUUUGAUAUUAGGUUUCCUGAAGAAAUUCUGAAUAUCUCUGAUCGGAUAAAUUUGCAGGAAAAACUUAUUAUACGUAAUGCGGUGGUGUGAAUGGAAUAUACAAUUUUUCAACUGAAAUAUUCGUCUAACAUUCAAAUCACCCGAUUUUCAGGGCCUAUUAUUUGACUUGAAAAAAAAAUACUCUCUAGAAUUCUGAAAUUAUUUAUUAUACAUAGAUUGUUUUUGCAAUGGUUUUCUGAAACCCUAAUGAUGACUCAACCCAUUUUGUGUUCAAAAUGACUUAAAGUACCUAAAAACUCCACCAUAUGUUUAUGACUAGAAUAGAUGCGGCUGGUCCGACAAUAGUAACUGUUUAUAUAAAUUAUUAAUAUCUGUUCUAUGUCGUACACAUCGCAAAGUGGAAAAUAUUCGUUGGAAAACUAAAGAUGCUAUUCCAUAGUUCAAAAUAUCUCACAUGCAAGUUCAAAAAUUUGAAAUUUGUCUAAAGCAAAAUUCCCUUUUACAUUUUGUCAAUUUUUUUAUGAUUUUACUAUAACUGAAGGGCACCAAAUUAUCAUAAGGCAUUGGAAAUCUAGUGGAGGAUGUUAAAAACUGAAACUUCUGAAAUCAAGAAAGAAUGGCUAGCAUUUUUAGUUCUUAAACGACUGUGUUUAAUAUUGCUAUAUGGUUUUUACUAAAAAACUGAAUGUUACGAAUGUAUAUUUUUUUAAUAUACGCACCAAAGAACUAAAUUGAGUUGUAAUUAAACAUUUAUAAUAUUUCUUCAAUUUGUGAAGCUGAAUACCCUAGUAAUUUUUUAGUUAGUACGAAUUUUGAUGAGAUGUUACAUUUUGAAACACGUCAAAAGCAAAUUGAUUCAAUUACUGGGGACGCAAUGCUUCUCUGAAUGUUCUGCUUCGAAAUGUUCUGCUUAAAACCCCUUUUUCUGUCAUUCUAUUGAUUUAGAUGAGAACUAUGAGAGAUCUUUUCAGUUUGAUUUUGGAUGCUUGAUAAAUUCUCCUAAUGUUAAAAAAAAAAUUUCCAAUAAUUCGAUGUUCUUAGUGUAAGAAUUCAUUUUGAUGUUUCUGAAAUUACUUCGUCAUGCUGAAGAUUAUGGUUAGAAUGACCAUAAAUAAAUUCAUCUGAUAUUUCUUUCAACUUUGUACAUUGUAAAUAACUUAUGUAAAUAGCGUAUUUAAGAAAUAAAGUUGUUUCUUCUUCUA